AUGGAGCCAAACAACCUACUGGGCGGAUUAGAUUUAGACAAUCCGAUGAGUGGAUUGGAUGCACGCAGCGAUGUCGAAUUCAAAGAGGGCCACUGCAUAGUCGCUGAAAUCAGACGAGAUUCUUCGAGUAAAUGCAGUAAAUAUGUCUCAGAAUCUAUUAGUCCUGUGGAAGUUGAUAAUUGGAUUGAGGCGAGUGGUAAAUUCGCCGACGGCUUAGAGGGCUCGCGGAGGGUGAGGUUGAUAUUUCCAUGCACAACGUCGACAGCUCUCGAUGAGAACGGCAAUUCUCCGCAGUUGAGUGAAGCGCUGGAGCUCGCUCUGAACCGGGAGCGAUUCACUCGGCUCACGCACCGGUACCAGUUCACCAGUGCCUUGGAGGCCUGGCGAUAUCGUUCUCUCUCCGGAUACAGUGUGCGCAAGGUUGAGUACGACAGCAGUGGAGCAGCUAAAUCCAUCACAUUUACCUUGUCAAUAAGACUUUCAGGUUCUUUCGCCUCGGCGUUCGCAAUCAAUCACAACUAUACAACAUGUACCACAGUCGUGCUCGCCCUGAGAGUCUGUCCAUACGAGCAGACCUUGCUACAGCAAACCUUGGAGCGACAUGCUAACCUAAUCGGACACCCACUCCUCGUCCCGACUACCCUAGGAGAGGUGUGCCUCGAAACACACAAGCAGUUCACACAGAAAAUCCUACACGAGCUUAGUAUCAUUGAGAAAACUACUGGUCAGCACGGGUGGCUCCAGAUCCCCGCCGUGGAUGCGUCAGCUCACGACAGCGAGCUUUCCAGGUUGGGACACGCAGUUAAGCAUUACAUAUCUGUCUCGAGACGGCGCGUGGACUCGAUCCAAUGUCAUCUAGACUGGAUCAUGCAGUGUAUAAACGACCCCAAAUUGCAUGAUUUCCAAACCCAGGCUCAAUUCGAAGAGUGGAUUGGGAAUAUUGAGCUUAUGCUCAAGUUCCGCCAGGCCGACGUGACGUAUAGCGAGCGGCGAGCCGAUAAUCAGAUCACGGCAGUGCGACACCCAAUAAUCCAUGAAUGUGCCCAAGAAUGA